AUGGAGAAGGUGACUCCUCCUGCGUCAAGGACCACGCGGCCAAAUAGUUUCGCCCCCUCAGACGACUACGAUCUUUGGGAGAGCCGAAUGAAGACCUCCAUUGAGACAAUUGAUGAAGGAAGCCGAUCCACGGCCGUCCUCGAAUGCGUCGACGACCAGGUGCUGAUCGUAGCGAUGGCCUGUAAAAUCACGUCCUCAUUAACAACGGUCACCAUCUUUGAGCGCCUUAGACGAGAGUAUGGCGUACCAUCUACGCCAUGGAACACUCGAAAGACCCUAACAGGUAGAAAACAACUGACAGGAGGGUCAGUUGGCGAGUACCAACGCCGUCUCCGCGUGUUGGCUCGCAAAGCUUAUCCAGACUCCAGCUUCGCUAAUCUGGAAACAAAGAUUCUAGACAUCUUUAUAGAAGGUGUAGCUAGCGAUGAGGUUAGGCGCGAGUUUGCUCAUUCCACACCAACCACCAUUAAGUUGGCUCUGGAGUAUGCCCAGCAAGAGGAAGCGGCCUUUAUUGCCGUGCCCCUACGUGAAGCUGUCCCAUCGAUGACUCGCGACGUAUUCGGUCCCCGGCCUCCACCGACAGUUGGUGUCUACGCCACGAAGCAGUGCCAAACCCGCGAAAUUGGCACCCAGACUGCUCAAUGGCAAAUGGACCCUCCUCCGCCGCCAACCUAUCCUUCCUACGGCUUCCCUCAACCGUGGCAGGGUCCCUCACAACCUUGGCAUGGUCCUCCACAGAAUGCUGCUGCCUGGACUGGUCCUCUACAACCAACCUCACCUUAG